AUGAGCCCCGUGGCAACGGCACGACCCUCCAAAGCACCGGAGGAAGCCGUCACCCGAAAGAUGCCCGCGCGUGGACCGAUGGCAUCGCCGCAUUUUGCCCCACAGAUGAUGAGCCCGCGAUGCCCGGGACAGGCAAGUGCUGGACUAGGGCCAGAUUCGACCAGCUCCCCAGAUGCGUCGCCCGGGCACCCCUUCUUGUCGCCGUGCUCCCCUUCCCGCAGGCUCGAUCAGUUCGGGCUUUCCGCGCAGCUGGAGCAGUGCCAGAGCCCAGCUGCAGGCGUCGGCCGUAUGCCUGCCGGAUUCAACAAUCGAGGAGAGGCUCCGUCAGCACCGAGGGCUCAGGCAAAGGAGAAGCCGCCGAUUCUCAUGCCUUUGCUGGACACUCAAGAUCUCCUUACCAACAGUUCGUCGUCUUCAGCUCCGUUGUGCUUCCAUGGAAACAAGCUGUCGCGUUGGCAGAUGGACACUGAGCAAAAGACUCGAGAGGCGCUGCAGCGCAUGCGGCAAGAGCCCAAAGGCAAGGGCCGAGCCAGAAAGGAGCGCGAGGAGGGUGAGAUCGCAUCGGCCUCCGAGUCGGAGGGGUCGAGGUUGACGAGUUGGGAUGCCAGGCCUCAAUCUUUGGUGGCUGGGCCACAAGCGACUGUGCAGAAGUGGGUGCCAACGGCCUCACCCUGCAAGGAGGACAAGAAGAGCACAGCCAUGGCUGAAGAGUCCGCCGAGCCCGGGGAGCCUGCGGGAGCGCUGGUGGAAGACGACCAGUCGCCGGCAGACCUGAAAAUUAUUCUUUGUGGAGACUCUGCCGUUGGCAAGUCCAAGAUGGUGGAGCGGUUUCUUCUAGAUGAUUACAACCCGCGAACACUGUCGACCUUUGCGUUGACACUCUUCCGAUACCACCAUACCGGCGAGGAUGGCAGAAGAUGGACAAUAGACUUUUGGGACACCGCCGGACAGGAGCAGUUCGACAAGUUACAUGCAUCGUACUAUUUCCAGGCGAACGCCUGCAUUCUGGCCUUUGACGUCACGCGAAAGAUCACCUACAAGAACUUGGAAACGUGGUACAAAGAAAUUCGAAAUUACUGUCCAGAUAUCCCAGUGGUUUGCGUAGCCAACAAGAUUGACGUGGAACCAAGCAUGGCGAAGAAGAGGUUCAACUUCCCGGUAACCCACCAGCUGCCGUUCUACUUUGUUUCGUCAGCAGAUGGGACGAAUGUGGUGCGAGUUUUCAGGGAAGCAAUUUCCCUGGCCGUCAAGAACAAGGAGAAUCCUCCUGAUGAGGUCAUGGCCGAGAUCUACGCUCUUCUCGCGGAGGACGACCGCCCUGCCAGGGGAGACGAGUCGGAGGCUGCCGCCUAUGAUGAUGCCGGCGAUCCAUCUCCGGUCAGUGAGGGAGGAGGGGCAUCUGCAUAA